ACCUUCUUUACCAUGCUUGGAUUGACAGACCUUCCUAUCGAGCUGCAUAUAGACGUUUUUCUACCUCUGCUGCCGCUCAGGGACCUUCUGAGCCUUGGUUGCACUAACAAGCAUUUUGCCGUGCUCUGUAAGGAUGAAACUCUCUGGAAACGCAAACUGGACCGAGAUUACAACUUCAAUGGCGCAAACACUGCACGAACGACGGGAUGGAAAUUUAUUUACUUGAGAUUGACCAAUCCCAGAGUUUAUGUUUGGGGUGAUACAGAAAAUGGUCGGCUCGGACUCUCUAAAUUUCCGAAAUCAGCCGUUCACGGCGUGCCUUUCCCCACUGAAUUGCAUUUUACCGGAACUCGUAUCGUGAAUCUGGCGGCGGGGGGGAUGUCAUUUCACGCACUGGAUGCGGAGGGUCAAGUCCAUGUCUGGGGAACCCUCAAUGGGCAAUCCUAUGCUCUAAACCGUGACGGUUAUUCAGAGCCGGCCAAGUCGGCACCUACCCCGUUGAGAUUGGGAUUACCGAAUCCCACCCGCAGUAUCAGUUGCGGGCGAUUGCAUUCAGCUUCCCUUGACUCGAAAAACUUUAUUUGGAAUUUUUUGUGCUGGGGGAGGCCAUUCAAAUUAUCGUCCCAUCUUUUGAAUUCUGAGUCACUCCCGAUUCAGAUUGAAUGUGGAUGGGCUUUCUCCUCUGCGCUCACAAGGUCGGGCGACAUCCUUGUUUGGUGGCCACUCUCUGGCGGCUUGGGGACAAAGGUGGAGCAGAAAAUGAACGAGAUGGAUAGUGAGGGAGACAAGAAAGCCCUCGCUGACGAAGGCGUGAUACCGUGCCAUACAUGGGAAGUCGAGGCCGAUCCUGUUGUGUUGCCUACUCUACCACCUUUACCCGAUUUGCCGGGCGGUGCAAAAGGGUUGGAGACGCGGGUCAUUCAGAUCGCUGCCUACGACAACCAUUUGAUUGCACUCACAAAUGUGGGCCAUGUCUUGAUGUAUGAUUCUUUGGAUGGGGAAGAUACAGCGCUGACCGGCAGAUGGAAUUAUCUUCCCAAGUUCAGUGACAUUCAGGAGGUCUGUUCCCAUCCUACUUUUGCAGAGGGGAAAGCAAGCCCUCCACGCAAAAUGCAAAUCACGCAUGUAUCUGCGCAUUUCCGCAACUUCAUUGCCUACUCUACUGGGGACAGCUCGGUAGUCCUAAUGGGUAACAUGGACACGACCCCCGAAUCCCAGCCAAAGGUUAUCCCUGAACUUCAGAAUUGUGGUGUGAUAUCCGUUGUGCUCGGCGACUAUCACAACGGAGCUCUGACCGCCAAUGGCAAACUGUUGACUUGGGGUGGCUAUUCGAAUGGAGCAUUGGGAUUGGGCGAUCCGGGUCGACUUGAGAUCGGGUCUCCGGGCGGGUUCGCCACUUCAAAUGAUCGAUUACGCGCAGUCCAGAGGCACGUCGGUGAGCCCCCUGCGGUCGAGGUGCCGACAGAGGUACGGUUUGAUCACAAGCGCAAGAAACCGAAAGAGAGGUUUUGUAUCUCUGCGGCUGCAUCUGGAUGGCACUCGGGUGCUCUUGUGAUCGAUUUGGAGCCCAAUGAAAACGAAGAUGACAGUGAUCUGGAAGAGAGCGAGGAUGAACAACCCGAACCUAGUAAUGUGUCCAGGGGUUGGCGAGGCCGAGGAAUACUAGGCAUCCCUGAUCCAAAUGAUGCUCUCUUUCGAGGAGGGUCAGUGUUCAGAAUUGGAUUUCCAGGGCGAGGACGUGGACGCGGGUUUUAGAAAUUGAGAGUCCUAUUAUACCAUACAUAAUUUAAGUUGGAUAAGAUAGGCUCUUUGAGAGCGCUAGAGAGAGGAAGAGAGAGGAGAAAGGAUUUAAGAACUCAGAUAUCUGAAAGUCUGC